AUGUCUUGCUCACAACCAAAAGUUGAAAAUAUUGAACGUAUGGGAGAUCUUAUCGGACUUAUUCUACAGUACUCUGACCCGAAAUCCCUAUCUGAAUUCAUGGAACUAUCCGCUAUCCAUACUGUGGAACUGUAUUUGAAAUCUUUGAUACUGCCAUAUUUUGGAUAUUGGCUUCCACCUAUGGACACUCAUUCUAUUGAUAAAUCUGAGAGUAUUUAUCAAAUAUUAAGAUUUUAUCUCAUGCUCACGAAUUCUGCCACAAAAGAGAUUCUAACCACUCAUGUCGUCCCUGAAACUGCACUUUUUCAAUUCACCUGGGGAACAAAGUUUCGAGAGGAGUAUGAGUUGGUCGAGAGAAUUUCUUCACCCCAAUAUGUGAACUUGACGUCAACAUCUCCUUCGUCGACAUCAUCCGAUCCAAAACUUUCGAUCCUUCAACAAAUUCAGGUCCCCGAACCGAAAUCAGUUGUUAUAAAUCAGUGUGCUCAUUGUCAUUUUGCGAUAUACGAUAAAGACAUAAGUGUGCUCGACGACAAAAACUAUCAUCAUAACUGUAUCCGCUGCUCAAUGUGUGACGCGCCAUUUGAGUAUACCGAGAAAUGCUAUGUCCACGAUGGCGUGGUUUACUGUCAUGAUGAUCAUGCAAAGAGGUAUCGAAAGUGUUGUCGGAAAUGUGAGCUUCCAUUAAAAAGAGAAGACAUGAUUAUGAAAGCAAAAGAAAUGAUAUUUCAUCAUGCCUGUUUUGUUUGUUUCAUAUGCGGUACCAAACUGAACACUGGAGAUUACUAUACCAUGUCUCCAAGCGGUCAUCUUUAUUGUCAUGCUCAUUACGAUGUGAUUCGAACAUCGGCGUUGUGCGAUGAGCCAACUCCGCCUGUUGUGGUCGCUGCUCCACUUUCUCCACCAAAAACGACACCGCCACCAGUAGUCAAAAAGGAAGCUACACCAGCGCCUCCGGCUGCAGAAAAACCUGCAAGAGAACCAUCUACUGAAGGAGAAGCAUCUACCGACGAAGAUGGAAGUAACGGAAGUAACCAGCGAUCAAAACGAAUGCGAACAUCUUUCAAACACCACCAACUCCGCGCAAUGAAAACUUAUUUUGCCCUAAACCACAACCCAGACGCCAAGGACCUAAAACAGCUGGCUGCCAAGACAAACCUUACCAAGCGAGUGCUUCAGGUUUGGUUUCAAAACGCUCGUGCAAAGUAUCGUCGAGGGCUUCAAGAUGGAGGACGAUCCAGCCCGUUGUGUAUCGCUGGUGCUCUUUCCACUAUGGAUAUGAAUCCGCCGCUCUCGAUUCGUUCCACGGAUGUUUAUCAACUCAACACUCCACCAUUGUCUACCGAAGUUUACUCUCCGAACAACAACUAUACACACCUUUAG